AUGAGUCUGCUUCAGUUCGUAGCUGAUGAAUUCCAUGGGGUGGGCGCCGACGGGAUUCCCGGGGAGAUCGUGGGCGUGGAGCCUGCGCCGGCCAGGGCUCGUGAGAGGGACCUAAGGGGUCGCGAGAGGGAGACCAGCCUUCUCCCUCCCAGGACACACACCCGAGGAAGAGAUGGAGAGGUGGAGCUAGCGGAUGAGCCCUCCCCGGCCGCGGUGCCAGUCGUAAUGCCUGUCAACGGAAUCGCACACAGACUUGCUAGCCCGAAGGCGGAAGUGAUAAAGGUGCGCGGAGCACCAACGCGACCAGCAAUUCUCUGGGUGGUUGGCGGCCCUGGUAGCAACAAAGCGCAACUAUGUCAAAAGGCGGUGGCCCAGCGUCAGGGCUGGACGCAUUUCAGUUUGGGUCAGCGCCUGCGGGCACUGGCAGACUCGGGCGGUGGGCCGGCAUCUGACGGCGCGCUCUCCCGCGCUGCCGUCGGUGGCGGUGAGCUCGUCGCCGCCGAGCUUGUCGCGCGCUUGGUGCGCUCGGCAACCGGCGAUGCGGUGCGCAGCGGCCACGGCCUCGUUCUUGACGGGUACCCGCGCGACCUGGAACAGCUGGACGCGUUUCAGAAAGAGGUAGCUUCAUGCCAAAUUUUAAAGACU